CAAAUCUCUUUGGACUUAUCUGUCACUUCUCAACUUUGUGUGGAAGUGGAAAACAAAUAGCAGAACAUAAAUAUAUGAUUUGAGACAUCAAUAUGGAUUAUGCAUGAACAGUACAAAGCCAUGAUCAAAGAACCAUGAUUCUGCCUCGAUACGGAAUUUGUGGAGAAUUGAAAGGGUACCAGGAGGUGUGCAUCAAUAGGGCAGCUGUGUUUAGGGCACCUUUUGUCAACAUUUGUGACAGGCUAUCAAAAAGAAAAUACUGUAUUUGCUCUAUGACCUGUUGCUGGAAGACCAGAAGACCAUAAUGGCAAAUUAUCCAGUGUUGGCCGUUUACAUAGUAACCUUCCUGACAGGCCUGCCUUGCAACCUCCUGGCACUUGCUGCUUUUAUUGUGAAAGUUCGGCGCAAACCGCUGCCCACUGACAUUCUCCUGCUCAACCUGACGGUCUCAGACCUCAUCUUUCUGUUCUUCCUGCCCUUCAAAAUCUCUGAAGCCUUCUACGGGCACUGGGUCCUGCCGAGACUCCUGUGCUCAGUGAGCUCCUUUGUCUUCUUCUCCACCAUUUACAUCACCACCCUCAUUCUGACAGCUGUCAGUGUCGACAGGUACCUGGGGGUGGCCUUCCCCAUCAUGUACAAGUACAAGCGUCAGCCCGUUCAUGCUAUCGUGGUCAGUGUCAUUUUCUGGGUCUUCUCCUCUGCCCACUGCAGCAUUGUCUACAUAACAGAACUCUUGUACCCCAGGGACACGACCAUGGAGCCUGUUUGUUAUGACAAUUUUACCGACAAACAACUGGCUGUCCUGCUCCCUGUUCGCUUGGAGUUGUGCAUUGUCCUUUUCCUCAUCCCCCUUAUAAUCUCCACUUUCUGCUACUUAAAUUUCAUCCGCAUCCUCAACACCCUGCCCAACAUCAGUCCUCAGAAGAAGCUGAGAGCAAUCGGCAUGGCCCUUGGUACUCUUUUGAUUUUCAUCCUCUGCUUCCUGCCCUACAACAUCUCUCACAUAGUAGGUUAUGUGAAUCAGAAAAGCCCAGAGUGGCGCACCACAGUCCUGCUCCUCAGCACCUUCAACGCCUGCUUGGAUCCCAUCAUUUUCUUCUUCUCCUCCUCUAGUUUUCAGGAAACAUCCAAAGAGAUUUGUUUCAAAAUUCUGGGAAAGAAAUACAUGCCCCAAACCAAUCUGCAGUAGCUACUAAAAGCCCCUUAAUUGCGUUCCUUAAUAAAUGGUGACCUAUCCUGUUUUUGCUGAAAGCUUGACUGCCAGAAUUUGUUCAGUUGACCAGAGCAGAAUUAAUUUUGUAUUUAUUUUAUUAGCUUAAUAUUAGAAAGUGUUGUUCACAAUGAAAUAUACUACUAAACUAACAUGCAUGACCAAACUUUAUUUAAAAUGUUCUAAAACGCCUUCACGUCUCCAUGCAAAACACCCAGAGAAAACUGUAGAGAUUCUGUGCAGUAAUUUUCAUACUGUAUUUACUGCUAGUAAAUAAAAAAGACAAAUCAAUAAAAGUACAAUAGAGAUAUAAAAAAAGACCAACUAAUGUUGGUAUUAAUAUGAAUGAGUAAAACCGUCUAUAAAGAAUAUGCUGUGCAGCAUACUGUAAACUAAACAGAUUAAAGAAAAUGUUAAGUUUAAGGAUCAGGAACCCAGACUAAAAUUACUCCUAUCAAACUUAAAGAAAAUUACAACUUUGUGAGUAGAACUUUAGCAAAAAAACAUAAGGUCUAUGCUGUUUCAGGAUUGCUACUGUACUGUAUACUGUA